AUGAUCACAGGAGUAGAGACUGCAGGCCUUGUGCUGGCGGCCUUCCCACUCCUCAUAUCAGCCCUAGAACACUACCGCGAAGGCUUCGAGCCAUUGGCAGACUGGUGGAAGUUCCGCACAGAAUUUGUGGCCUUCAUACAUGUUAUUGACCGUCAAUCGCUUCUGUUCAGUGAGAAUUUGGAAGAGCUCCUGUCACCGAUUAUCUCCUCCGAGGGCGAAAUGGGGGCCCUGUUGCAAAACCCUUUGGGCCCAGCAUGGCGAGAUCCUCGACUCGAGUCGAAUUUAGAGGAUCGUCUGCCCAAAUCCUAUGAAUCGUACCGGAACACCAUUGAGGAUAUGAACAGCUGCAUGGCCAAAUUGCAAGAAAAGCUAGGAAUCAAGGAUGGGAAGCUGACAUGGGUGAACGACGAAACUGGCUCUGCAAAAAACCGCGUCAGAUGUGAAUUUGAAUUUCGGAGGAUUAAAUACGUUCUGGCUAAGAAGAAACGAGAAAGGUUGGUGAGGGAAUUGACGAGCAACAACGAGGAGCUACGGAAGAUUUUCACAUCCAGCGAGAGGCUUGCAAGUCAUCGCAAGAAACGGCGUAUGCCAAAUGCUUUCAAGCGGAUAAGGGAUCAGGCGUGUGGACUUUACAGUGCUUUACAGACUGGUUGGAGAUGUCAGUGCCCACAGGCAGAUCCGUCUCAUCAUGCCAAUUUGCUUCUCGAGAAGCGUUUCGAUGGAAUUAAAGCAAGAAAGCAUAUCAAACGACCGCAGUCCGAGAGUAGCAUCACGGUGUUGUUCUGGGUCCAGAAAAAUUCGCAGAAGGAUCAAUUGAUCUGGCAUGAGACAGAAAUCAGAUUGCUUGAGGCUGACGACUGUCAAAUCGUGCACCAAAUGUCUACUCUCAGCCAUAACGCUCAAAAUGCAGACUUCAACGGCAUUGUGAAGACCUUCGAAACAGGUAGUGCAGGUCUCACGCUGCCUUUUCGCAAGCGACCAAAGCAUGUUACAUUUCCACAAAUCACCCUGCAGCCUCCUAAGCUCAAAGAAACGAGUCAUCAAUUGAUUGAAAUAGCUGACUUGUGUGCCGCUGUCCAGAAGGCUUGCAGUGGGCAAGGACAUCUCCCGCUCGGCUACCUCAAGGAUCUCGACAAUCGCCGUCAUGCCUUUUACCCAUCAACGCCUCCUCCAGUCUUUGACAAAGAAGUAGAAACUAUCUCUCUAGCGAGUCUGCUCUUGAAGUCAGACCCUGGCCUGGAAGCCGCGCAUACAUAUAAGCUCUCCAGAUUCGAGAGAUAUACCGUUGCGGUAGUUCUUGCAUCUUCUCUUCUGCAGCUCUAUAGCUCCCCGUGGGUCGGUGAGACAUGGAGCAAAGAAGACAUCCACUUCAUGAAAGCUCCGGCGGGGGCUCUACAGUCUGUGCUUAUUGAUAGACCCUACAUUUCGAGAAAAUUCACAUCCUACACCCCUGAAACCUGCCAUUUGCCUGAUUGCAGACCAACGCAGUACCAAACCAGUACUAAGAAUCUGCAGGCGCUAGGAAUCAUGCUGCUCGAGCUUUGCUUUGGAGAGGCUAUUGAGGAUCAGCCUAUUCGAGAGAAGUAUCUUGGUCGCGACGGUCAGCCAAAUGAUAUGACAGACUUCUCUACUGCACAGCACUGGUGGCAGAAUUAUGCGCUGGGUGAGGGUGGACCUGAAUUCUAUGAGGCCAUUCGCCGAUGCCUUUUCUGUGCCUUUGGGCCUAAGAGCACUGAUCUCGAGGAUGAUGAAUUGAGAUCGGCUGUCUAUAACGAGGUUGUUGAGCCUCUUGAUGGGACUGUGAGGCAAUUCAGUUCAAAUGGUUGA